AUGAUGGAUUGGGAUUCAGAACACGAAGGUAACACAGACCCAUUUUUUGGUUUACGCGAGCCUUUCUCUGGUCUUAAUGAGAUGGAUUUUGAGCUUCAUGGCAUCUACAUGGAUCAUGAACCAGACAAAGAGUUCAUUACUCCACUGGACAAGUGUAAGGAUGCAUUUCUUAAUGUGUUACUAAGUGAUGAAAAUAUUAGAAACUCUAGUUUGACUAAUGAUGUAAGAGCACAAGUGUAUCAUCGUGGUAACUUGCAAAGUGAUGAUGAUGAAGAAGAGCAAGAACAGGUGAUAAACAAGUACAGAUUACAUGAUCCAAAAACAAGAUGGGACAAAAUGGAACCAAAACUUGGUGACAUUUUUGAGAAUGUUACACAACUGAAGUUUUGUAUCCAAAACUACGCAGUCCACAAUUUGUAUCAACUCUACUUUGAGAAGUGUGACAGAACAAGAAUAGUUAUACUUGAUUGUAGGUUCUGGGGAAUAAUUCAUAGUCAAGGGCAUGUGUUUGAGGCCAGAAGAGGGUGUGACAGUUAUAGGGUGGACUUAGAUGAUAUGACAUGUUCAUGUAGGCUGUGGGAUUUGGCUGGCAUCCCUUGUGUGCAUGCAAAUGCAGCAAUUAAUUUUAUCCACCAAGCACCAUAUGCAUACAUCAAUGCAUACUUCUCUAAAGAGAAAUUUAGGCAAUGUUACUCAACAAACAUUGAACCUGUUAAUGGCAGCAAUCUUUGGGCACAAACUGAAUACAUUAAGCCAUUGCCUCCAAUGUCUAGGAGGAUGCCUGGUAGGCCUGCUACCAAAAGGAAGAGGCAUGCCAGUGAGAAGGAGAGAAAGUUUUCAACAACAAAAGUGAAGGUUGCAAGAACUACCAGAUGUGGUAAUUGUUUGGAAUAUGCUCAUAACAAGAGGGCAUGUAAGAAUGAGAGAAAACAAUAUGUCCCACCCCCACCAAAGAAGACAGGAAGGCCAAGAAAACAUCCCAUCCCCCAUGUGUCUACAAGCCCUGGUCAACCAAAUGUCCCAAGUCAACCUUCAUGCUCUAACACAGUGAGGAGGAGUCCAAGAAAACAUAACACAUUGAGGAUGAGUCCCAGAAAACAUCAGCAACAGGCAGGUGCAGGAGAUGAAGCUGCUGGUGAUGGUGGUCUGGAUGAUGAUGUUGGUCUGGAUGUUGGACCUGAUCAUGGUGCUGGAUAUGAAGGUGCUGGUGAUGGUGAUGAAGAAGGUCCUGGUGGUGGAGAUGUCGAUGAUGGUGAUGGGCCUGAAGGUGAUAGUGAUGAAGAAGGUCAUGGUGGUGGAGAUGUUGAUGAUGGUGAGGAAAACCAGGGUGAUGAUGAAGGACAUCAGGUUGUCCCAAUGGUUAGGAGGAGAACAAGGAAAACUUCUGAGAGGAUUACCAAGAUAAAGCUAAGGAAGGGUGUCUAUGACAAAGAUGGUGGUGGUUUUUCUUCUAUAAAGCCAAUCAACUUGGAGUAG